CUUAAGUACUCAUCAAAGAGUCACCCCGGUGGUGCUGAUCACCGUCAUGACAAGAUGCGAGACACCACAGAUCCUUCGCCACCGAAUAAAAUGUUGCGGCGCUCUGAUAGCCCUGAAAACAAAUACGGUGACAACACAGGGCACAGUAAAGCAAAAAGUGUGCAUACUCACAGAGUUAGAGAGAGGGAUGGUGGGACCAGUUACUCUCCGCAAGAAAAUUCACAUAACCACAGUGCUCUUCAUAGUUCAAAUUCACAUUCUUCUAAUCCCAGCAAUAAUCCGAGCAAAACUUCUGAUGCAGCUUAUGAUUCUGCGGAUGAUUGGUCUGAACACAUCAGCUCUUCAGGCAAAAAAUACUACUACAACUGCCGAACAGAAGUUUCACAAUGGGAAAAACCAAAAGAAUGGCUGGAAAGAGAGCAAAGACAAAAAGAAGCAAGCAAAAUGUCAGUUAACAGUUUUCCAAAAGAUAGGGAUUACAGAAGAGAGGUGAUGCAGGCGACAGCUGCCAGUGGGUUUGCCAGUGGAAUGGAAGACAAGCAUUCCAGUGACGCCAGUAGUAUGCUCCCACAGAAUAUUUUAUCUCAAACAAGCAGGCACAAUGACAGAGACUACAGACUGCCAAGAGCAGAGACUCACAGUAGUUCUACUCCAGUACAGCAUCCCAUCAAACCAGUGGUUCAUCCAACUGCUACCCCAAGCACUGUUCCUCCUAGUCCAUUUUCUCUACAAUCUGAUCACCAGCCAAAGAAAUCCUUUGAUGCUAAUGGAGCAUCUACUUUAUCAAAACUGCCUACAUCCACAUCUUCCAUCCCUGCACAGAAAACAGAGAGAAAAGAGUCUGCAUCUGUGGACAAGUCUGUUUCCCAUUCUUGCACAACUCCUUCUACAUCUUCUGCUUCUGGACUGAAUCCAACUUCUGCGCCUGCUUCAUCUGCUCCUACGGUUCCUGUCUCACCUGUCCCACAAUCACCAAUUCCUCCGUUACUUCAGGACCCAAAUCUCCUUCGACAGCUGCUGCCUGCUCUGCAAGCCACCUUGCAGCUUAAUAAUUCUAGCGUAGAUAUAUCCAAAAUCAAUGAAGUUCUAACAGCAGCUGUGACACAAGCCUCUCUGCAGUCUAUACUCCAUAAAAUUCUUACUGCUGGACCAUCUGCUUUCAAUAUCACUUCCCUAAUUUCUCAAGCUGCACAACUGUCUACGCAAGCGCAGCCAUCUAAUCAGUCUCCAAUGUCUUUAACAUCUGACGCCUCAUCACCAAGAUCGUAUGUAUCUCCGAGAAUAAGCACACCUCAAACUAACACCGUUCCGCUUAAACCUUUGAUGACUACACCACCUGUAUCAUCGCAGCAGAAGGUUGCUACUCCAGGCGUUAAACAAGGACCAGCUUCACAGGCAGCACCUCAGCAGCCGGUAGUAGCUGACAAGCAGGCAGGUCAUGAACCAGCGUCUCCACGAAGCCUUCAGCGCUCAAG